GGUGCUCCGGGCUCUGCUUUGGACCACUCCCAGGGCAAGUGGUUUGCUCCGGGAGAGGCUCUGCCCCCGGGCUUCAUGGUGACAGCACACCCGGAGGGCCACACCGCGCCCGCCGAGACCCACGCCAUGUCUGACAAGGCCCGUGAGAGCUUCGUCGUCACCGGCUCCUCUGCCAUGAAGACUGGCUCCGCCGCCCCAAAGACCUCUUCCAAGUCCAAGAAGAGCAAGAAGAAGAAGUCCAGCGGCUGCUGCUAAGCGAGGGCAUCGUUUUCCAGACUCUGCUAGAGGUUCCGUCACUGCUCUUAGGGAGCUUGAUGGGAUCUGAGUAGAAUGCCCCCUUGUACCUUUGCCAAAUGAACCUCAACCUUUUGCAAAUUCAAUCUGUUUCAAGUCGGCAGCAACA